AUGUUCCGCCAAAGUCCAUACUACUAUGAAGUUCGAUAAGAAGUUUUUAAGGAAAUUAAUAAUGAUUUAGCAAAAGAACUAUCCUUAAUGAAACUAUCUGAUUAACGAAAUAAUUAAAGCAUUCCAAUUACGAAAAAAAGUGUAUCAAAAUAAGAAUUCAUUAGUUAUUGUAUUUCUUUUUAUAAUCAUUCAGUUUAUAAAUAACAAAAGUAAAAUGAACAAAUUAUGGAAACUGAAGAAGAAACUAAUUUAGUUUGUAAAAACUGUGAUACAAAACCAUUAAAUGCAAAUACAAUAUGUGUUGAAUGUUCUCGAUUAGCUUGUCAAAAAUGCAUAUAUUAAUGUUAUUAUUGUGGAUAACUCUGCUGUUUAAUUUGUAGUGUUAAAAUUUAUCUCCAUAAUGGAGAUUUUGUUUCUUGCUUACAUUGUAGUUAGAAUUAAUGA